CAGAGAGAGAGGUAGAAAGAUGUAGGGUUAUUUCUCUUUCGAUAGUAGAUGUUAGGUGACCCCCAACCCAAAUAAAUAUAAGGUGAUAAACGAUAUUCUCCGCGGCUACCCUUCACCCGAUCGCCAUCUUCACCGGAUCAAAAAUCAAUCGCCAUCUUCACAUCGCUCUUCCGAUCGACAGACGUCACAUCAGGGAAUUAGUGCUACACUAUAACAAUAUAUAAAAGGUCUGAAAGGGCGGCAUUUUUAUAUCUCCUUUCCUCCACCAAACUGCUCCAAAAUCUUGAAGAGAGCAGUAGUAGGAUUUCUCAAGAAGAAAAUGUUGUUCUUUUCAUACUUCAAAGAUUUGGUAGGGAGAGAAGUGACUGUGGAACUGAAGAACGAUUUGGCCAUAAGGGGCACACUUCACUCUGUCGACCAAUACCUCAACAUCAAACUUGAGAAUACUAGGGUUGUUGACCAGGACAAGUUUCCUCACAUGCUUUCAGUGAGGAACUGUUUCAUCAGAGGCUCAGUGGUGAGGUAUGUCCAGUUACCGCCCGAAGGAGUCGACAUCGAACUGCUCCACGAUGCCACGAGGAGAGAAGCUCGUGGUGGAUAAAUUCUCGGGGAAUUAGAUGUGCCCGUACGUCUUUCGGACCCGUGUAUGCCCGCGUAAUUUAGCUCUCUGAAUCGGUUGGAAACAACAUAUCUAAUACCGCGUAAUAGGGGUAAUGUUUGCUUACUCACACUCUACUUUUUUUGUUGAUUUUUACUGUUGUUUCUUUGGUCCGACUAUUGUUAUCUCCCAAGUGUAUUGGAACUUUGAGUAUCAUUUUGAUCUGCUUCAUGUACAAUUCACUAAAUUGCUUCAGAGGAU